GCCUCUGCUUGGACAUGUUCCAAUACCCUCAUGCUAGCCCUCAUCCUCUCGUGCUUUGUAUGUACACGAGCAGCGAAGAAGUGAGAUAGUACGCUUUCAUUUGACACGCGACGACCCGUAAAGCUCAGCCCUUUUGCAUCUCCCACAGUGAGAAUUUGUCCUCCACUGCGUUCCCUCACGUCUCAUGGCGAAUGAUGCCCCCUCAGAAAGCCUGAGCAUUGCGGCCCCUACCAAGCUACAAGUUGUUUCCGUGAUAGUCUUUGCACGUCACGGACGUUGAGGCUGCAGGACCUACCUUAAUAGUUUGGCAUCUUCCGGUGGCAAUUCGAACGACGGCCAGUAUUCGGGACUACUUAGACUCCUUCCAAAAGCGCUUGUAUUCGGCCCGCUUAGCUUUCUCACCGGGGAACAACUAUGCCUUUGGUGUAUAUAACCACAGAACACACGGGCCAACAUCGACACGGACCUUGUCGACAGUCCCCUGACCCUCGAACUCGCUCAUAAUGACAGCCGAAGCCCACUACACAACGCUCAGUGAGAUUCCCAAGAUUCAUGCGUGUGUCAGCGAGUACUUCAACUCUGGGGUCACCAGGCCACCACUCUAUCGCCGGCGCCAGCUCAUUCAGCUCGCUCGCAUGCUCCAGGACAACAUCGUUGCCUUCGAGGACGCCUUGAUGGCCGACCUUGGGAGGCAUCCUCAGGAAACUACGGCUUUAGAGGCCGCCCCAGUCAUUCAAGCAUGCAUCACCGCGAUGAACAACCUUGAAGACUGGACCAACCCUGAGAAGCCUCGAGUUGAGGAAUGGCGUAGCUCAUGGGACGCUACGGUCUAUCCCGUUCCCAAAGGCGUCGCUCUGCUCAUCACUCCCUGGAACUACCCUAUCGGGAUUACCUUUUCCCCCUUGGUCGGCUGCAUCGCUGCCGGCUGUCCAGCCGUCCUCAAGCCAUCAGAGCACACUUCUGCGGCUUCUGCACUUAUGGCUUCCCUGGUACCGAAAUACCUUGAUCCCCAAGCUUAUGUCGUGGUGCAGGGGGCGGUUUCUCAAGCCACCGCCCUUCUCGAUCUGCCUUGGGGUCACAUCUUUUUCACCGGGGGAAUCCGAAUCGCACGCCAGAUUGCAGCAGCAGCGGCGCAGUUUGUUACGCCUCUCACACUUGAGCUCGGAGGUAAGGGCCCGGUUAUUGUCGACCCUGACUGCGAUAUCGAGCUCGCAGCGAAGAGGACGCUGUACGGGAAGGUACAUAACAGCGGCCAGCUCUGCGUCGCUCCCGACUAUGUCCUGGUCCCGCGAUCUGUUGCGCUGCCAUUCUACGAGAGCCUGAAGAAGGCCCACGCAACGUUCUUCCCACUCGAUCCUCUUCAUCCUGAGUCGAAGUUGACGAAGAUCGUCAAUGAACACCACUACCGUCGCAUUGAACAACUAAUAAAAGACACGAAGGGAAACGUAAUCCUCGGCGGCCAGAGCGACCCUGGUACGCUUCGGAUUGCGACCACAGUUGUCGCGGACGUCAAGUUGGACGAUAUUCUGAUGGAUGAUGAAAUCUUCGGACCUAUCUUACCUGUGGUGGAGGUCGAGGACGUUGACGAAGCAAUUCGCAUCGUCGCAAAACGUCCUCAUCCUCUCGUCAUGUACAUAUUCACGAACAGCGAAGAGACUAAAGAAAAAGUCCUCAGCAAGACCAACAGUGGCUCAUUUGUGCUCAAUGACACACUCACCCAGCUUGCCGUUUACGAGAUGCCUUUCGGAGGGCACGGCGCUUCUGGCUAUGGUGCAUAUCAUAGCAAGGAUAGCUUUGAUAUGUUUACGCAUCGCCGCAGCUAUAUCAACGUGCCUCCUGCAACGGAACCGCAUUUUCGCUAUAGAUAUCGGCCGUACAGCGAGGAGAGCUACAAGGCUAUGUGCGCUAGAGCUUUUGUUGAGCUACCGAAUGCCUGAAAGCGGCCCUCGAAGUGCGCUUUUUUCUAUGCCAUCCCCACAAAGAACGAAAGGUCUGCCGUUCGGCUCGCAAGACCCAGUUCCACUACAUCUCGCUCGAAAUAUGAAGUCAUUCUCUGCAGAGCUCUGGCGCGUGGUAUAUUUAUCAUGAUAAGACCUCACUGAAGCGUGAAUGUUGCAGCUACAGCUGCAGAUAAGGCGUCAAAUUUUUCGAGAGCGGUACUUUCGAUGAGACCAGCGUCAGCUUAACUUACACAUGACGUAAGUUACACUGACGAGGCUCUAGCACAGGCGAACCCAGCAUUAGGACCCUACAAACCUUCAUUCAUCCCUACUGGAGUCAAAGCUCUACAGCGCGACGUGGGCGUGAUUUCGUGGGCAGGCAUUUGACAAGCUGCCUAGAAUCGAGCUGACGGACACUCUGCGCUCACCACGGCCAAGACUUGGUUGCGACGGUAGGCAAACCAUCCGACUGCUCGCUCGAUGCCGACACUAUCUCUGGGCGACUGGUCGUAUUCGACUGGCGGGCGAUUGAUGUGCACGCCGAAGAACCUUCACUCGACGAAUAAAGAUGUUCCUCAUCACCAUUUGAGGCUUUACCCGUGCGUCGAUCCAGGUGUGGUGGUAGGGCAAUCAUCAUCAACAUUAAUAUUGUAAGGUUUAGUUCAUCGGGAAAUACUCUUCUAUCUACUGAAAUUCGACCAGGCACGAAUAGUACAUCCUACGGGAUGUCGACCGAACCGGUAGUAGCUAGUCACCCCUGGUUGCCCCCGGGCUCGAUCUCAAAGUGAAACAACGAUCUCAAGAAUUGAACGAGAUCAGUAACAACGUUGAGAGGUCUGCAGGUGAGUAAAACCUCCUUUUUCCUGGCUUCUAUGUCUGCUGCCCACCUCUGUCGCACCAUCGAGGCGUAACAAUGGCAUUCAAGUUGUACCCUUGUUUGGACAUCAUGGCGACCAUACUCCUAAACACACUAUCUCCCUGUGAAGGAUCAGGAAAUAAAUGGUCGAGAAGCUUUCCACACACCUGUUGUACUCUCUUGUGUGAUCCUCAGGCGAGGAUACGAAGAUAGUUGCUUCCGACGGAUAAGCGCCCGAAAGCAGUCGGCGAGUGAAUCAGCCCGACUUCAAGCUGACCCCCUACCAUCAUGAGUGUAAUAACUCCUGUGCACAACAAUAUUUCCGACUGCAACUGCGGAAGAUCUCACAAUAUGAGCAAUGUCUACCUGCCUCUGUGCGACCUCUCGAAGGGUUGUGCUGUCUGCGGGACAACAAGUUAGGGGAAAGACGCCACCAGCGGAACGAGGCUUACACUGUGCUCUCGGUGUGGAGAGGUACGUCCAG